AUGAAGAAAAAGGCUGUGGAUUUUCUUGGAAGGCGGCUUCAGUCAGCAGAGAUGUCCUCUGAAAAAACCGUUGAUAAGCUGGCAGACGGCCUGAAAGACUUGGUCAUCGGUGCCAGUGGAAACAUUCCUGGCUACUCGCAUGAGAAGAUCAAGAGCAUGGUAGAGGCGUGCGGCGCCAAAUUUGUGCACAUGAACCUCCAAGACUGCACUCAUCUUGUUACCACAACCGGUAGCGUGGAGAGAAACUUGAGGAAAGUUGCCUUGGCCGACAAGGAAGGCUGUCAAAUUGUCAGUAUGGAUUGGCUGCUUCAUAGCAUCAAGAAGCGCGUCCCAGCAAAGGUCCAGAAUUAUCUACUGAAAAAGAGCGGGAAGAAGGGGGCUACAGCUGAGCCCAAGAGUGAAGGAAGGAAGCGCGGUCGUGAAGAUGAUGGCGACCAUGAAGGCGUCGCCGACGCCGUCUUGAAGAAGUUCAAGAAAGAAGUUGUCGACACCGCCGUGAAGAAAGCCAAGGAAGAAAUUGCCAAUGCCGUCUCCAACAAAGCCAAGGUAGUGGCUGCCAAUGCCGCCUUGAAGCAAGUCAAGGAAGGCAUUGCCAAUGCCAUCUCCGAAAAAGUCAAGAAGGACAUCGCCAACGCCGCCUCAGAGAAAGCCCAAAAUGACAGAACAGUAUACCGUGCAAGUCUGGUUAACCUAGUAGACGAAAAUUAUGCUGGAAAAGAUAAGUCGCAUGCCAUUUGGCUGGACGAGUCAGGGUUUACAUGGGAUGCCACACUUGUGAAGAUGGAUGCCGAUGUAGGCUCAGAACUUAUGCGCAUGCAGAUCAUACAUGACAACUCGGAGGGUGCCCCUGUUCCUUGGAUCUACCACCACGAUCAUGAUGGACGUUUUGGUGUGACUGAUAUUGAGCAUCCCGACGAUGAAGACGAGGAACACUCCGAUCAGAAGCGAGCACCAAUCUCUUCAUGCGGCCAAAAAAGAUUUUGCAAAGAUUUCAUGCACUUCACGGGUUUGAGCUGGCGUAACCGUAAUGGUGUGCCCCUCAACGGCCAAUGGAUAUUUCUUGACGUGGCUUACCCAGAGACACUCAUUAUGAGGGAUGAUAUUGUCAAAUUACCUGGGCAGGUUGAAGAUAUCAUUAAGAUGAUUUUCCGGUCUGACUAUUUGAAAACCUAUGCCGCUUUUCUCAAGACCAAAGGGUACAAAAUCAGGUCAAAAUGCACCUCACAGCAGAUGGAUUUGCGCGUUGGGCUGGCAUGUCUGGAGAAACUGAUGAAGCUCCAUGAAUCCAAGAUAUCCUGGCUUGCGGAAACUGAACUGGAACGAAUUUCCCAUGAAAGGAUCAAAAACCCAGGGGAAUUUCUUAGCAGGAACAUUGAAGCCAUCAGGGUGGAGCUUGAGUCUCUAAAUUUGUUUCUGAAGAUAUACGACGCCGGCAAGAUCUUGACUCAAUUUCCAACACCUUCAUUGGGCCUCAGUCGGGUAGCUUGCGCCCUCAACGUGGCGAAGAUGGACCCUGUGGACAGCGCCUCAUCGGAAUUCAACGGACUGUGCGAGUAUCUUCACAACUCGUCCAGUAGUCACCACCAACAUCAAUUUGAGAAAGUACUUAGUAUCUUCCGCCUCGAACGCCCUGGGGAGGCAGAGCGAUUUUCUGCUUGGCAGAAGGCAGAAAAAUAUCGUUCAGGCGAUCGCAGACUGUUGUGGCAUGGCUCGUCUUGUGCAAGCUUUGCUGGGAUCUUGACCCAGGGCCUACGUGGCAGUGGAAUUGUGUCUCCCAGCGGAAAGGCAUUCUGCAGAGGCAUCUACUUUGCUGAUAUGUCAACAAAAUCAGCGGGAUAUUUGAAGGCUAGUCCGGCAAAAGAGUCCCUUCUCAUGCUAUGUGAGGUUGAGCUGGGCACCUCGCUCAAGGUUUCAAAGAAAAUCCACGGCGCAACCACUCACAAGGCAUGGCGGGAUGCUGGAUAUAUCCACCCAGACUUGAAAAACGUCCUGGUACCAGAUGCUCGCGCUGGGAGAGAAGAGGACAGGGAGUUUGAGGGAUACUAUCACUGGGAGUACGUCGCUUACGACCCAGCCCAAGUCAUUCAACGGUAUUUGUUUCACAUCAAGAUGAAAUGA